CAAACAAGCCUUCACCACUCUGCACACUUCCUCCGGAAACUUUUUUACAGAUUUGUAAAAGUUUAUCACCAGCUGAUUUACUUUCUCUUUCGAGAACCUGUAAAUUAUUUUAUAAUGACCUUUGUUGUGAAGAUUCUCUAACUAUUCAAGAAAUUUGGCGACAAUCACGCCAUUCUUUUAUGCCUUAUCGUAAGCUUGUACCACCUGAAGAAAUGAGUGAGAGACAUUCGUUGUUGUGCGGAAUGCUUGGAAUCACGUAUGGUCAGGUGCAUAUAUGCGAUAACUAUAAAAUUGAUUCUCAAGACAUUGAACCAAUUAUUCUUCAGAUAUUACAUUGUAGAUGGGAUAAAAAUGGUACAAGAAUUUAUUGGAAAGAUCAAAUUGUGGAAAAAAUUAAAGAGAUUGAAUCUUUACCUCAAACUGAUCGUCUAGAGUGGGGAGAGCAACAAUACACAAAAUAUAAACAAAAUGAAAGAGAACUUAAUAGGCGUAGUAUAGAAGACCAUAGUGCAAGACGACAACAACGAUAUGAACGGAAAAAA